AUUAUAUUGCAGCAAUACAGAUGGCACUUUUUGCAAUGCUACGUAUCUAAGGUGCCAAUUUAUUGUUGGACGAGUGGGCAGUAGACAUGCGUGUCCAAGGAUCUGCCUCAGGACCGCGACCCGGAAGAGUGUUGCAAAGCAAAACAGUAUAUUCAAUGGGAAAUGUCUGCGCAAAUCCACAUUAUCAAGCGAUCGUGUUACCAGCAGUAGCUUGAGAGGACAUGGAGUCCCUGCAUCAGCUAGUGCUGAUGCCUCAACAGAGGUCCAUUCGGGCGCCAGGUGGCAUACUUAUUCAGCGCAGGCAAUGGGGGGAGGCAUAUCUGUCGCCAUGGAGGAGGUGUUGCGUAUGUCAGAGAAGGACUUCUCGGCAGGUCACAAAGCAGAUGUCCAGCUGGCCCUCAUCUUUGCCUCUGGCUUCGAUGACCAGGACGAGAGCCUUCGCACAGCGCUGUCUCUGCUCAGACGGAAGUACACCUUCGUAAAGCACGUCAUUGCCACUGUGGCUCAUGGUGUCAUUGGGAACCAAGGGCAGAGUCCAGUGGAGUUGGAGGCACUGCCGUCUGUCAGCCUGACACUUGCACAAUUGGAGGGCACAGAGGUGUCCACCUUCAGCAUCACUGGCCCAGUCUUGCCUGAUGCAGAUGCGUCACCAUUGGAGUGGGAGAAAGUGACGCGAGUACCGCUAGACACCAAUGACAACGUCAACCUUGUGCUGCUGGCCUCUCCCUCAUUUGCCAAGAUCAAUGACGUCAUGGCAGGACUGGACUUCGCAUACCCGGAGGCGGCCAAAUUGGGCGGGCUGAUCAGUGGUCCCCCACAGCGGGGGGCCGGGACACAAGAGUCGCCGUCCGGAUGGCUCAUUGUGCUGGAAACAUGGACGCCGCCGAGUGACAUCAGCAGCCCAGCGAGUGACCUCAGCGGAGCGGCGGGUGAUGUCAGCGAGGGGGACCCGGCGGAUGCGUCCCGCAACGGCAGAGUGGAUCGGCAGAUGGUGUGGGGUGGAUGCGUGGGGCUCGUGCUCAAGGGGCGCGUCAGAAUGGAGCCCCUCAUUGCGCAGGGCUGCCGGCCGCUGAGCGGCGAGACAUACAGCGUGGAGAAGGCGCAGGAGGGGGUUGUGUUUGAGCUGGCCACCACCGGCAAGUUCCCCAAGACACUGCGGCCCAUGGAGGCGCUCUCGCGCGACAUGAAGACCCAGGCGCCUGGCAGGGGUGAGCCUGAGCUGCAGCGCAUGGUGCGCAACCUGACCGUGGCAGUGGCGCCCGAUGACUUCAAGCCUGUCGCCGAUCUGGAGCCGCAGGAUUUCCUGGUGCGGCCGCUGAUGGGGUUCGACCAGAGCAGCGGCGCGAUGGGCGUUGGCGGGGGAGUGCGGCUGGGGCAACGGAUACGGUUCAUGGUGCGCGACCGCGAGGGAGCCAGGCAGGACCUCAUGGACCACGCCCUCUCCCUCAAACGCCGCCAGCUCCAGGCGCGCCUUCGAAUCCUUGCGACACUUGAGGGCAAGGCUCAGCCGCCUGCCUUUGGCGCUCUUGUGUUCACAUGCAACGGGCGGGGGAUGAAUCUGUAUGGCGAGCCAAAUUACGAUUCAGCCACCCUUGCCAGCUACGUGCCAGUUCCCUUGUCGGGCAUCUUCUGUAACGGUGAGAUUGGGCAGGUUGGCAACUCAACAUACUUGCAUGGCUUCACGGCAGCGGUGGGCAUAUUGAGAGAGGACAUAGACACAGAGGAGCAGACAUUGUGAGCAAGUUGAUCUGGUCAUUGGAGAGCCUGCUAGCCAUUGCUGCAGCAUACUUGGAACGUGCCUUAUAUUAUGAUAGAGAUUGGGACCUGUAGAUAUUGGGUUGUCAAUACUGGCGAAGUCCUCAUUCUACAGAAAGUUCAGCAUGUGAAUUUCAGAAUUCAACUUCAGGCAAUUGAUUAAAAACAUGCGGCCCUGUAAUUCCUGCAUUUGCAUUCUAGCAAAUAUCUCAAAAUCCCAGCUUGCAGAAGAAGACACAAUGCACACGAACUUCGGUGCAAAAGCUCUCAAGUCAGAGCAUGUCAAUCCUUGGGCGGCGGCUGCAGCAGCUGCUGUUGCUGGAAGAAGCGCUGCGCCAUGUGCGCAACUUCUUCCUCUGCCAGAGCAUCCAUGGCAAUAUCUGCGCCAGAUGGAGUUCUCUCCCCAGACCGUUCCGGCGCCAAACCCAUCGCAACCGCCGACACCGGCAGUGCGUUCAAAUUAUCCACCCCUCCAUCUACUUCGCUCCCCGGCAAAAUCCCGCCCACGCCCCCCAACCCUGACACGCUCAAAUCCCUGCCGUCAAGGUCAUCCCCCCUUCCCUUCGCCUCGCUCCCACGGAACCCUCCAAUUUCCGUAGCCCCUUCCCCAUUUCUCCCUUCCAACCUUCCCUCAAGCUCGGACAGCCGGCUCCCGCCAUCCGCAUGUGAUUGCGCGCUGUCAUUCCCACUGCGCGUUCUGUCCGGAGAGGCCGUGUGUCUGAGGGGUGUGCCCUUUGCAAGAUGGUCCUGCAGCGCUUGCAGCAGCUGGGGGUCGAUGGAGGCAAGGCGCUGCGCCAGAGCAGGCUCCUCCGCUGCCAGCCUGUCAAGGGCACCC